AGCAGGCUGUGCUGAGCGCUCUGGCGCAGAAGGCGAAGCUCACCCAGGAGAUUUUCAACCGCACGCCCGGCAUCCGCUGCAACCCGGUGCAGGGCGCCAUGUACGCCUUCCCCCGCAUUGAGCUGCCGCCCCGCGCCCUGCAGGCGGCACAGGCGCAGGGCCAGGCCCCCGACAUGUUCUUCUGCAUGCGGCUGUUGGAGGAGACCGGGAUCUGCGUGGUGCCCGGCUCCGGGUUCGGGCAGAAGGAGGGCACCUUCCACUUCAGGAUGACCAUCCUGCCGCCCGCAGACAAGCUGCAGGUCCUGCUGCAGAAGCUCAGCGCCUUCUACACCAAGUUCGUCAAGGAGUUCUCCUAACGAGCUCCCCCCCCGCCCUCCCCCCCAAAUCCCGUCCAACCCCCUGCAGGGCCCUGCAUAGGCGCCCCCAGGCUUGGCGGGGGGGGGCUCACAGGGGGCCGGGGGGCGGAUAUUGUAUAUCUCAUGAUAAACGGUCAGCGACA